ACAAAUACGAUUUGUUUAACUUCCAGUCUCGGCGACUCUGAAAAAUGGCGGAUAUGGAGGAUUUGUUUGGGAGCGAUGGUGACAGCGAGAAUGAACACCAAGAUUCCGGGUCCGGGUCUGGUUCUGACUCUGAGCAAGAACAGCCCAGGUCUGUGAGUAAUGCAUCAGGGAGUGACAGUGAAAGGGAAUGUCACCGUGAUGAUGAUGAUGAUGAUGAUGAUGAUGAUGAAGACGACAGAGAUGCAGGGCAGCCCAGUAACAAGGAGCUGUUUGGUGAUGAUAGCGAAGACGAACAUGGCUCCCAACACAGUGGAAGUGACAACAGGUCAGAGAGGUCAGACAACCAGUCGGAGGCCAGUGUGCAUUCUGAGCAGGAGGACAAUGAGCAUUCAGACGUGGAGCAGCACAGUGGCUCAGAAGGGCACCAUGAUGAGGAAGAUGGCGGACACAGAUCUAACACAGGCAGUCCUCAGUCUGAGGCGGGCAGUCCUCAGUCUGAGGCGGGCAGUCCUCAGUCUGAGGCGGGCAGUCCCCGGUCUGGGGCACCUAGUCCCCGGUCUGAGGCAGCUAGCGCCCAUUCAGAGGCGGGCAGCCCACGAUCUGAGCCUGCUAGUCCGCGGUCUGAGACUGUAAGCCCCAGGUCCCACGCUGCCAGUCUCCACUCCGAGGCUGAGGGCUCAGGAAAAGAGGCUCAUUCAGAGGAUGAGAAGUGGGCCAAAAGUGAUCAAUCAGAUGACGAGGCAAAACCACAGCAAUCGGGUGAUGAGCACAGGCGCUCCGAUGAUGAAGAGGAAGAACAACGGGAGCACAAGUCAGAAUCUCCUAAAGGCAGCGACAGUGAAGAUGACUUUGUGAGACAAAAGCACAAGAAGACAGUAGCAUCAGAUUCUGAUUCUGACAGUGAUGUUGGAGGACACAAAGAAAGUAAACCUGCAGCAGAUGACCUCUUUGGAGAAGCUGAUGAUAUUUCCUCAGACAGCGAUACUGAAAAGCCCACCACCCCAGGACAGCCACUUGACAAUGAGGAUGGAAUGGAAGCUGAUCAUCCAGAGGAAGAACCUGUUCCAGAAACAAGAAUAGAAGUAGAGAUUCCCAAAGUCAACACUGAUUUGGGAAGCGACCUCUACUUUGUCAAACUGCCUAACUUUCUCAGUGUGGAACCAAGGCCAUUUGACCCUCAGUAUUAUGAGGAUGAGUUUGAAGAUGAGGAGAUGUUGGAUGAAGAAGGAAGAACCAGACUUAAACUGAAGGUAGAAAACACUAUUCGAUGGAAGACGCGGCGAGAUGAGGAGGGAACCGAAAUCCGUGAAAGCAAUGCACGGAUUGUGAAGUGGUCAGAUGGAAGCAUGUCCUUGCACUUGGGAAAUGAAGUGUUUGAUGUGUACAAGGCUCCACUGCAAGGAGAUCACAACCAUCUCUUCAUCAGACAGGGUACCGGUCUCCAGGGACAGGCUGUGUUCAAGACCAAACUGACAUUCAGGCCUCAUUCCACAGACAGUGCCACUCACAGGAAGAUGACGCUGUCCUUAGCAGACAGGUGUUCUAAGACCCAGAAGAUUCGAAUAUUGCCAAUGGCAGGCCGGGACCCAGAGUCUCAGCGCAAUGAGAUGAUCAAGAAAGAGGAGGAGAGGCUGCGUGCCUCGAUUCGCAGGGAGUCCCAGCAACGCAGAAUGAGGGAGAAGCAGCACCAGCGAGGACUCAGCGCCAACUACCUGGAGCCUGACCGCUACGAGGAGGAGGAAGAGGGAGAGGAAUCCAUCAGCCUGGCUGCCAUCAAGAGCAAAUAUAGGGGCGGCAGUGGAAUAAGAGAGGAACGUGCCAGAAUUUACUCCUCUGACAGUGAUGAGGGGUCUGAUGAGGACCGAGCACAGAGACUGUUGAAGGCUAAGAAACUCGACAGUGAUGAGGAAGGUGAAAUUUCUGGGAAGAGGAAAGCUGAAGAUGACGACGAUGACGACGACAACCAUGAGAAAUCCAUGAAAAAACCCAAAAAGUACGUCAUCAGUGACGAAGAGGAUGAAGAGGAUGAGUAGGUUUAGAAUGUGUAAUUCUCUCAUUGCAAGUGCAGCCUCACUUUCUUUCCACUCUGUUUCUGUCAUCCACCUAGAUAAUGUUCUAGAAUAUUUUGAUAAUCAUUGUUUAAACUUUUUUGAACCAAUUGUUUGUACAGCUAGUAAAUAAUAAAGAACAAUGUACAAAGCAAAACACCCAGCAUUGUUUUGUUUCUUUA